GGGGGGUGGGGGGGUGGCUGUGGGUUUGGGUUGGGCCCCCUGCAGUGGGUUCGGGGGUACCCCCGUUAGCCACCCCAGGAGAGGCUUCCCCAAGGGGGGGGGGGGUGCUGGUGCCCCCCCGGGAGCAGCAGGGAGCCAGCUUACCUCUCUGCUGCGAGGGGCGACGCACCGGGGCGCCCGCCGAGGAGCCCCCCCGCUGCCCUCCUCCACGGGGGACGCGGCCCCCUCGCCCGGGGCCUGCGCCCCGCGCCGGUGGGUGAGGAUGGCCUGGGCGCUGAAGCUGCCGCUGGCGGACGAGGUGAUCGAGUCGGGGCUGGUGCAGGAUUUUGACGCCAGCCUCUCGGGCAUCGGCCAGGAGCUGGGCGCUGGGGCCUACAGCAUGAGUGACGUCCUUGCCCUGCCCAUCUUCAAGCAGGAAGAAUCAAGUUUGCCUCCUGAAAACGAGAACAAAAUUCUGCCUUUCCAGUACGUGCUGUGUGCCGCCACUUCACCUGCUGUAAAGCUCCACGAUGAAACACUCACCUAUCUCAACCAAGGGCAGUCCUAUGAAAUCCGCAUGCUGGACAACAGGAAGAUUGGGGAGCUGCCAGAGAUAAAUGGGAAACUGGUAAAGAGCAUUUUCCGGGUGGUGUUCCAUGACCGGCGGCUGCAGUACACGGAGCAUCAGCAGCUGGAGGGCUGGCGGUGGAACAGGCCUGGGGACAGGAUACUGGACAUAGAUAUCCCAAUGUCCGUGGGCAUCAUCGACCCUCGAGCAAACCCAACCCAGCUCAAUACAGUGGAGUUUCUGUGGGAUCCUUCAAAGAGGACUUCUGUGUUUAUCCAGGUUCACUGUAUCAGCACGGAGUUCACCAUGCGGAAGCAUGGAGGAGAGAAGGGGGUGCCCUUCCGAGUCCAGAUAGACACGUUCAAGGAGAAUGAGAACGGGGAGUACACGGAGCACCUGCACUCUGCCAGCUGCCAGAUCAAGGUCUUCAAGCCCAAAGGAGCCGAUCGGAAGCAGAAGACAGACAGGGAAAAGAUGGAGAAGCGAACACCUCAUGAGAAAGAGAAAUACCAGCCUUCCUACGAAACCACGAUACUCACAGAGUGUUCUCCCUGGCCAGAGAUAACGUACGUCAAUAACGCACCAUCCCCUGGCUUCAACAGUUCCCACAGCAGUUUUUCCAUUGGCGAAGGCAAUGGCUCUCCAAACCAUCAGCCCGAGCCACCCCCUCCAAUCGCAGAUGUAAGUCACACCUCAGAGCUUAUGCUUGUGAACCUCUUGCCCACCAGCACACCCCAGGAGGCCCAACAGUGGCUGCAUCGAAACCGCUUCUCUACUUUUUCUCGGCUUUUCAGAAACUUCUCAGGUGCAGACUUGCUGAAGCUGACCAGAGAAGACGUUAUCCAGAUCUGUGGCCCUGCAGAUGGCAUCAGGCUCUUCAACGCGUUAAAAGGACGGAUGGUGCGGCCCAGACUGACCAUCUACGUGUGCCAGGAGUCCCAGCAGCUGAGGGACCUCCAGCAGAAGCAUGAGGACAGGGACACAGUAACCAGUACUUUUUUUGUGUACCACGCUAUUUAUCUGGAGGAACUGACGGCGGUGGAACUGACGGAAAAGCUGGCCCAGCUCUUCAGCAUUUCCUCCCAACAGAUCAGCCAGAUUUACAAGCAAGGUCCGACGGGGAUACACGUGCUGAUCAGUGAUGAGAUGAUACAGAACUUCCAAGACGAAUCCUGUUUCGUUCUGGACACGAUGAAAGCUGAAACCAAUGAUAGCUACCAUAUCAUCUUAAAAUAGGAGGGGACAGGAUGAGGAGCACCCACGAUCCUCUCGUCGCGCAUGAAGACCCUUCACUUUCAGCACAAGGACACAAGCAGAGAUCUGGAAACUCCUGGGCACCCUCUGGAAAGACCCCGAGCUGUUGGUUACUCGGCUGUCUUUCUCGCAGGGGACCUCCUUGCUCUGGUGGCAUCUAAACGGCCGUUGAUGGUAAUGUGCUGCUUGAUUGCUGGAGCUCCGAGGAUGAAGUUACCAGGUCGCACUCUCGUGUAGCUCUUGGCAGAAAUUUGCCAUUGGGACCUAAGACCUGCGUGAGGGCUUUUUCUGUGGCAGGCAUGCUCUGCUUUUCUGAGAGGCAUCCGCUCUCGUGGUGCUCGCAGACUGGCAGGAGAACAUGAAUUGAACUGGCCCAACAAAGCCAGCUGGCCCUCAGGCACGUGCUGAGCUGAGCAGGUCUCACAUACGCUAUGUACUGUGCUGAUGGAGUGGUAGGCUAGGGCUGGGAUUUUCUUAAAAGAUUUUAAGCUUUCAUUUAAUAUUACAGUGCAUCUGUUAGACAAAGUUGGUGACUUUGUUUUUCUCCUCUCCACCCACCCCGAAAAUGGUGUUGGCUCUGUGUGUGCGGGCGUGGUUGUGGUGCCAUCCUUCUUCCCUUGCGAGUGUAAGGUCUUCAUAUACAGAUUUAGUUACAUAAAGCUGGCGCAAAACGUGGAGUUGGAUAAAGAAAUAGCUAACUA